AUGUCCUCAACCCUCGAACAUCACGAAACUCUGUACUUCGCGGAUGGUAACAUCUGUCUCUCUGCCAGGCCCGCUGCAACCCGCCUUGACGGCGAUUCGAACGCCGAAGCUGAAAAUACCAAAAUUUUGGUUUUUCGUGUUCACCAAGGCGUUCUCUCCUUACACUCUCCGGUCUUCAAGGACAUGCUCGCCUUUCCAGAGCCACAGCCUGGAACCAACGAAGUCUACGAUGGGGUGCCACUCGUUCAGAUGCCUGACAGCGCGGAGGCUCUCGAAAGUCUAAUCAACGCGUUCUAUCACGGCUAUGAACUCCCGCAUCCUAAACUCGACCCUCGCACACCGGAUGCGGUCAGAAGCAUCCUACUCCUGGCGAACAAAUACCAAGUCGACAGCAUCCGUCGUCGUAUCAUCGAGCGUCUUGAGUCCGACUGGCCACAGUCUAUCCAGCUCUGGGAUAGGCUCGAGGCCGAGAUCGAAGUGAUGAAAGCCCCUCUCUAUGACGAAUACGGGAACGCGGAGGUCGACGGUCUCCCAAUGGACGACAUCCUCCCCGAGCCAGCAUCGGCAAUCCGCCUCGCUCGCGACUGCGAUAUACCCAGCAUUCUUCCUGCUGCAUUCUAUCACCUCUCCCGCCUCAGCAUCGAGCACGACUGGGAACGUGCACGGAGGACUCCAGGCGAAUACACCGAGUUCUCGCAGUACUACGGUCCGAAGCAGAGGACGGCGCACUGGUCUCUUUUUGAUGGCGAGGAUAUGCGGAGGGUUAUGAGAGGGAAGGCUAAUAUCCUCAAAUAUGCCAGGCUCAGCGCUAUUACGCACAUGUGCAGUGGCCCGGGAGAUACCAAUGUUGGUCCCGGCACGUGCGAGUUUCUGGUAAAUGGCCUAUUUGCGGGCGAGCUCUGGGAAAGGCUUGUGAAGUCUGCGGGGUCGGAUAUGGCGAAGGGGCUGAAGGUGGUCAUGCAGGAGGUAUAUUCAUCGCAGCACAAAGUGUGUCACAACUGUCUCAUGCGGAGUAAAAAUUGUUUGGACGGAGAGACGUUCUGGAGCAAACUUCCCGAGUUCUUUGAGCUUGCUUGA